AUGACCUCGAAGGACAAGAUCAAGUUCAUGGUACCGGGAUGUGGGUUCAUCACGUGGUACUCAAACUUCCCAAACCACGUGAAGGCCAAGCAUCGCCACAUCCCGGAACAUCGCAACAUUCGUCAACUGUGGGUCUGCAUCGUGAACGCCGCGGGGGAGCUCCAAGUUCCUGUACAGUCAACUCGUCUCAACGCCGUCCAGCCCCUAUAUGCAGACGAUGAAGCGAAUGACGUCGAUGACGAAGCGCUCACCAUGCGUUUGUACGAGGAAGACGCACUCGCUAUUGCCUCGGUAAGAUUGCAAAUAUAUAUUGUCCGUCACUUGGGUGGGGACCCCGUCGCCAUUCUGGGCGAGCUGCGACGACGUUUUUCAGCCGAAACACAGCACGAAGAUCAAGUCUCCGCUGUGGAAUUCGACUCGAAUGUGCCCGAUGACAUGUCGACGGAAGAAUUGGCGCCAUCCGGGACGGGCUCACCGGCGACUUCUGGUGCAGCGAUUUUGUCUGAUGUUGCGGGGGCUGAAGCGGUUAAGGAAGCGGUGGCGGCGGCGAAGCGUGGACGUCGCCUGGGAAGAAUGGCGAAGCAAUUGACGUAG